AUACCAAAUAUUAAAAUGAAAAUUAAUGAACAUAUACAGUGUAUAUGUUUUGGCAGACAGCACAGUGAUGCUAGGAUACAUGGAAUGCUAAAAUAGAAACAUUUUCAUGGGGGAGACAGAGAUGUCAACACAAGGAGUCAGGGGAUGGGAAAAGGGUAAUGGAAAGCCAAAAAUGAAAAAGUGUUGAUGGGAAAAGAAGGAAGAGAGAGGUAGAGAGAGACACAGCAAGAGAGAGAGAAGGGGAAAAACAUUCAGAAUGAGACUAUAUGUCCCUCCAAGUUCCAAGCAGGAGGCUGCACAUUCCACACAGGCAGGGGAGAGAGGGGGCAAGCCUCAUUAGCAUAAGAAGCGAUGCCUCGUCCAAUCAGAAAGCAGGAGAGGAGCGCUGGGAUUGAGGAGGCACUGGGAGGUGUAAGGUUUCUGCACAUUCCUCCCACCCCCUAGCUGUAGAGAGAGAGAAAGAGAAAGAGAGGGAGGGAGAAGGACAGAGAGAGAGAGAGACAGAGAGGGAGAGAGAGCUGGAAGUGACUGUGUUGAGAAGGGGAACAGGAUCCACUCAUUCUUGCCCUGUGAGAUCACACUGCUGGAGAAUGCAUUAGGACCUGCCGGAGUUUUUCACCUUGGAGACGAGAGGGAACUUUAAUUCCAGGCGGCCCGAGACGAGAUUUCUUUUUUCAGGCCGAAUUCUGGCCCCCAAAACUCUCUCCCUGGAGUCGUGCGACGUACAAGAGGGCUCAAAAUGAACUAUCUGAACGUCCUGGCCAAGGCCCUCUAUGACAACGUGGCCGAGUCCCCGGAUGAACUCUCCUUCCGGAAGGGUGACAUCAUGACGGUGCUGGAGCGCGACACGCAGGGCCUGGACGGCUGGUGGCUGUGCUCCCUGCACGGUCGCCAGGGCAUCGUCCCCGGCAACCGCCUGAAGAUCCUGGUGGGCAUGUACGACAAGCAGCAGCAGCCGCCUCAGCAGCAGCUUCUGGCCCCGCCCCAAAACCAGCUGUCCCUCCCCCCGCACAGCUCCUACAGCAAGCCUUCGCCCUCCUCCCAGUACACCGCCAUGCACCCCGCCUUCCCCGCCCCUGGCCCCGCCCCGGCCACUCCGGACGGCGUCUACAUGCUGCCGCCCAACCACGGCAAGCCCUCGCCCCAGAGCCUGUACCACGUCCCCACGGGCCCCCAGUACCCGCCGGGCCCCCAGAAGGCCCCCGCCCUGAUGCAGAAGCAAUCACACUACAACCCCUCCGGCCAGGACAUCUAUCAAGUGCCCCCGUCCAUGGGCACCGCCCCCGGCCAGGACAUCUACCAGGUGCCACCAGGGUCCAAGAGCUCCCCGCAAGACAUCUACCAGGUUCCCCUCUCCGCUGUGGGACAGGGACCCAACCAGGACAUUUACCAGGUGCCCCCCUCCAUGAACCAAUCUCAGGACAUCUACCAGAUCCCCCCCUCCAUGGAGAAGAGGAACUGGGACUCCCCGAAACCGCCAGGAAAGGUGGUGGUGCCUACGCGUGUGGGGCAGAUGUAUGUGUACGAAACAGGGAAGAACGAGCAGGACGAGUAUGACGUCCCCCGCCACCCGCCUCCCUCCCAGGACAUAUACGACGUUCCCCCUACCAGAGCGCAGUAUAACCAGCAGGUAUAUGACACGCCCCCCAUGGUGGUGAAGGGCCCUCCCAGCCGAGAUGGUGGGCAGGAGAUCUACGACACACCCCCCAGUGUGGAGAAGAACCAGUUACUCUCCCAACAAACGUCGCAGGUGUACGACUUCCCGCCCUCCGUGAGCAAGGACGUCCCCGACCUGCCGCCGCGGGAGGAGACGUACGACGUGCCGCCGCACUUCGCCAAGCUGAAGAAAGGCCCGGAAGGCCAGCCCUUCCAGGAGGCCAUCCUGGAGGACGUCUACGACGUCCCUCCCCCGCCGCUGACGGGCAAGCGGCGCCCGGAAGGCCCCGCCCCCUUCGGCCAGGAGAUCUACGACAUCCCGGCCAGCCUGCGCAAGGGCGGCGUGUCGGAGCGGCCGCAGGACGUGUACGACUUCCCCCGCGAGAGGCCGGCGGGGGGCGACGACGGGGGCGACUACGUCUACGACGUCCCCCCCCAGGUGGUGCGCGAUCCCGCCUCGGAGGACCUGGCCGUCAGCUUCAAGCGCCUGUCGGCCUCCAGCACGGGCAGCAACCGCAGCAACCUCUCCAGCUCCUCCCUGGACCUGGUGCCCGUCAAGGAGCCCUCCUCCUCCUCCUCCGCCUCCACCUCCUCCUCGUCCGCCGCCUCCUCGCUGGGCGGGAGGCUGAACCUGGACCUGGACCAGGCCAUGGAGCGGCUGGUGAGGCUCCAGCAGGGCGUGGAGGGCUCCGUGUCCCUCCUCAUGAGCUUCGUCAGCGGGGGCUGGCGGACCCCCGAGCAGCUGGAGGCCAACCUCCCCGCCAUCCGGCAGGCGGCCGAGCGGGUGAAGGGCGCCGUGCGCGACCUGCUGGACUUCGCCCGCGGGGCGGUGGCCAACGCCGCCCAGGCCACGGACCGCACCCUGCAGGCCAAGCUGGGCCGGCAGGUGGCGAAGAUGGAGGAGGGCUACCAGGGCCUGCUGCGCCACAGCCAGGCGCUGGACGGGGCGGGCUGGGCCCCCGGGGCCCUGCUGGGGCCCUGUCCCGGCGGCGACGAUCUGGACCGGCUGGUGAUGUGCGCGCGGGGCGUGCCCGACGACACCAAGCAGCUGGCCUCCUUCCUCCACGGCAACGCCUCCCUGCUCUUCAAACGGACCAAGCAGCAGCUGCCGCUCCCGCCGGUCCCCGGCGACCAGCCCGCCAACAACAACAACGGCCCCGCCUACCAGUCGGCCGGGCCCGAGAGGGGCAACAUCCAGUCCCGCCCGCUGCCGUCCCCGCCCAAGUUUACUGCCGAGGAGGAGUCCCCCGACAGACCGUAUGAGACCACUGAGGAAGGCUGGAUGGAGGACUAUGACUACGUGCAUUUACAGGGGAAAGAGGAGUUUGAGAAAAACCAGAAGCAGCUGUUAGAAAAAGGGAACAUUAUGCGUCAGAACAAAACUCAGCUGGAGCAGCAGCAGCUGAAGCAGUUUGAGCGUCUGGAGCAGGAAGUGUCCCGACCGAUCAACAACGACCUCUCGAACUGGACCCCGCCCUCGCACCACACCGCCUCCCGGGGCAAGCUGAGCGCGGGCGACCGGCAGCUGCUCCUGUUCUACUCGGAGCAGUGCGAGUCCAACAUCACCACGCUGACCAACGCCGUGGACGCCUUCUACUCCUCCAUCAACAACAACCAGCCGCCCAAGAUCUUCGUGGCGCACAGCAAGUUCGUCAUCCUCAGCGCGCACAAGCUGGUGUUCAUCGGCGACACGCUGUCGCGGCAGGCCAAGUCGCCGGAGGUGCGGGCGCGCGUGGCCCAGCACAGCAACGCGCUCUGCGACAAGCUCAAGGACAUCGUGGUGAGCACCAAGACGGCCGCGCUGCAGUACCCCUCGCCCGGCGCGGCCCGGGACAUGAUCGAAAGGGUGCGGGAGCUGGCCAACUGCACGCAGCAGCUACGCUCGGCGCUGGGGCAGCUGGCGGCCAUGUGAGCGUGGGCGGGGG